AACCAAUUCCAAUCGAAAGAUUGUCCACCUGAACUUUGGAGUGAAAUCGAUCCCGAUUGUAGUAGUACCCGAAGACAACCGAUCCGAUGGCGAAACUGUUCCUGGUGACAGCCUGUACGCUGCUGAUCGCAGCAACCGCCGUUUCCGGGCGUACUGCCGGGGGAGGUGAUGGUCGUGGCCGGCGCCGAGGUGGCCAGAUUGUCGGUGGUUUUGCGAUCGACAUCACCGACGCACCGUACCAGGUGGCGCUGCUACGUAAUGGGCGAUUCGACUGUGGGGGCUCGAUCAUAUCACCGGCCUGGAUUUUAACCGCAGCGCACUGCACUCACGGUAUCCCGACACGCGAGAUAUCGGUACGGGCUGGUUCAUCAUUCCGGAACCGUGGUGACGAUGUCCAUGCGGCCGAGGUGGUGAUCGAGCAUCCGGAUUACGACCCGGACUCGACGGAUUUCGAUUACGCGCUGAUCGAACUGGCCACACCGAUCGAGCUGGAUGGUGUGACGAAGAAGGCGAUCGAGCUGCAGCAUGAGGAUGACACGGGACCAGAGGAGGACGAGCAUGGGCUGGUGUCUGGCUGGGGUGCUACCAAGGACCGGUACACCUCGAACCGGGUACUGCGGGCCACAUUUGUGCCGGUUCUCGCGCAGUCCGACUGUGAGCGAGCGUACUCCAAGAUCGGCAGCGAUUUAAUAACGGACAAUAUGUUAUGUGCAGGCCUGUAUCUGGGGGGCCGUGAUGCCUGUCAAGGCGAUUCAGGAGGCCCGCUGGUCGUGGACGAUGUGCAGGUUGGUGUUGUUUCAUGGGGAAGUGGUUGCGCCCUGCCCACUUUGCCCGGUGUCUAUGCUCGCGUUUCGAAAGCACGCGAAUGGAUCCGUGAGGUGAGCGAGGUGUAGGUAGAGGGGGGGGGGGGUCCUGUUCGAGCGAGGUGUGCCUAUGGGAUGGGACAACAAUGGAUAAAGGAUGAAAUGGCCUCCGCGAAUUGCAAUAAAUAACUUCUUCUGCAUGCAUUUAACCGCGCAGAUGCGUA